AUGAGUGGAAUCAACUUUGGCGAUUUCGUCAGAUCCCAGUAUACGCCGAUUCCCCUGCCGGAGCACGAUUUCACGGGGCAGACCAUCAUCGUCACUGGAGCCGGCCGCGGACUCGGCCGCGAGGCAGCGCUCCAUUUCGCUCGCCUGCACGCUGAGACGGUCAUACUAGCUGUCAGGGAUGCCAAUCAGGGUCGUGAAUGUGAGGCGUUCAUCGAGAAGUCCUGCCCGUCGUCCAAAGGCGUGGUUGAGACGUGGGAGCUGGACCUGACCAAGCCCACACUGAUUAAGCAGUUCAUAGCCAAGUCCAAGGACCUUCCGCGUCUGGAUGCCGUCGUCUUAAAUGCCGGCAUGAGCACCUUUUCGUUCGAAACCGUCGACGGCGUGGAGAAGACGCUGGCUACAAAUGUCCUGGGGACGUUUUUGCUCGCCAUCGGCCUGCUGCCCACUCUGCGACAGUCGGCCCUCGCAUGGAGCAUUCGGCCCCGACUCGUCCUUGUCGCCAGCGAAGCUCAUGCAGAGGCGAUCUUCCCCGAGAGGACGGCCAGCGAUAUUUUCGGCGCUCUCAAUGACGCGAGCAAGUCGGACAUGACGGACCGAUACAACACCACCAAGAUGCUCCAGCUGCUAGCCUUCCAUGGCCUCCGGGAUGCCGUCGACGCGUCCCCGCCCAAUGCCAUCAUCUUCACCGCUGUUGACCCCGGUCUGUGCCAUACAGGCCUUACCAGGGAGCUGCCGCUGUUCUUUCGCGCCAUCCAUCGAGUCAUGAGAACGCUGCUGGCCCGGACGGCAGAGGUGGGCAGUCGAUGCCUCGUCCAAGGUGCCGCAGACAAUGGCGCAGAUCACCACGGGGCUUACCUGAAAGAUGGUGUUCUUGGCAGACCUUCAGAUGUGGUGACGAGCCCCACGGGAGUGGAGCUGCAGGAACGGGUAUUCGCCCAGCUGGUCUCGGUGCUAUAUUCCCUGGAUCCGGAGACGGUGUCGAGCGGACUGCCGGCGGUGCCCGAGGGGGAGGCAACCCCAGGUUAUUGA